AUGUCGGACUCCUAUAAGGAAAAGGACGCUGAACUGGUGGUGACUAUGGCAUGGGCGAUGUGGUUUAAUCGUAACGAGGUUUGGCAUGGCGGAAGAAAGAAGAGUGCUGAGGCUUUGUUCCAAUGGUCUCAUCAAUAUUUACAGGAGUUUCAAGAAGCAAACCAAGCGGAUCCCAUUCUAGUGGUGCCUCAGGUUGUUGGGUGGUCUCCUCCUCCAACGGCGAGAUAUAAAGUUAACGUCGACGAUGCAAUCUUCUCGGCUCAAAAAUCUACUGGUGUGGGAGUGAUGAUCAGAGAUUCAAAUGGGCAAGUUAUUGUUGCUCUAAGCAGGAAAUUCAAUGCUCCUUUGGUUGCUCUAGAAGUGGAGGCUAAGGCGUUUGAAGUGGGGCUAGAGUUUGCACGAGAUGUGGGUGUCCAAGACUUCAUCCUUGAAGGUGAUUCUUUGGUGGUUUACAAUGCACUCUAUGGUUUCUCUACACCACCAUCCAUGAUAACAUCUAUUGUGUGGGGUAUUCUAAUGUCUUGUGGGCCUUUAGAUAGAAUCGAUUUUUCCCAUGUGAAAAUGCAAGGUAAUAGGCUUACACAUUUAUUAGCAAAACACACACUAGGUAUUGCAGAUUAUUUGACUUGGAUGGAAGAGACCCCUUACUUUCUAGAGCAAUAA